CAGGUUUCUGGUGUGGUGACAUAUAAUGGACAAGGAUUUGACAAAUUUGUUUCACAAAGGAUUGCAGCUUAUGUUAGUGAACAUGAUCUUCAUAUUGGAGAAAUGACUGUUCGAGAAACACUCAUUUUUGCAGCAAAAUGUCAAGGCCCAAAUACAAGAUACGAGCAAUUGACAGAAUUGUUGAAGAAGGAGAAAGAAGCUAAUAUGAAGCCAAAUAACAUUGAUCAUCUUUAUCAUAAGGAGGAGGCUUCACCAGCCAAUGUUAUUGCUGAUUAUUUUAUCAAGGUAAAUGUGACAACUUAUAAAUCUCUUAAAUUUCGAUUUUUACUUAUCGAGAUUUUAAAAAAAUUCGCAGAUUUUGGGACUCGAGAUAUGCGCGGAUACAUUGGUUGGCGAUGCAAUGAGGCGCGGUAUUUCUGGCGGUCAAAAGAAACGACUUACCUUAGGGGAAAUGUUGGUUGGGCCGGCUCGAGUGUUUUUCAUGGACGGGAUAUCAACAGGAUUGGAUAGUUCGACGACGUAUCAAAUCGUGAGUUCGAUAAGAAAAUCGGUUCAAACCUUUCAAGAGACCGCAUUAAUUUCCCUUCUACAACCCGCACCCGAAACUUAUGCAUUAUUCGACGACAUAAUCCUUCUGUCCGACGGUCAAAUCGUGUAUCAAGGCCCUUGUGAUAAUGCCCUCGAGUUUUUCGAAUACAUGGGAUUCAAAUGUCCCGAGAGGAAGGAGGCGGCUGAUUUUUUACAAGAAGUGACAUCGCGAAAAGAUCAACCGGCCUAUUGGGCACGUGAAAACCAAUCGUAUAGAUACGUGACUGCCAAAGAAUUUGCAAGGGCAUUUUGGACUUUUCACGUCGGUAGAAGACUAAAAGACGAGCUCGAUAUCCCGUUUGACAAGGACAAGUGUCAUUCAAAUGUUUUAACUAAGGAAAAAUAUGGAAUUAGCAAUAAAGAACUAUUCAAAGUUCUUGCAUCUAGAGAAUAUUUGCUUAUGAAAAGGAAUUCACUCAUUUACAUAUUCAAGAUGGUUCAACUUACGUUUAUAGCGUUGAUCGCGAUGACCAUGUUUCUCCGAACACAAAUGCCAAAGAGAAAUUUACAAGAUGGCGGUAUAUUCUUAGGCGCUCUAUUCUUGACACUCAUGAUGAUUAUGUUUAACGGUUACAUAGAACUCGCGUUGAGCGUCAUGAAACUCCCCGUUUUCUUCAAGCAAAGGAACUCCUUAUUUUUUCCCGCUUGGGCAUACACAUUUCCUAUAUGGAUUCUCAAGACUCCGGUUAGUUUCGUAGAAGUUGCCAUUUGGGUUGUCCUAACUUACUAUCCCAUGGGCUUGGAUUCGGAUAUCACAAGGUUUUUCAAGCAAUACUUGCUUCUUCUAUGUGUUAACCAAGCUGCAUGUGCGGUCUUUCAAUUCUUGGCAGCAGUUGGAAGGACAAUUAUCGUGGCAAACACGAUUGGCACGUUUAUGCUUCUUACAAUGUUUAUUAUGGGAGGAUUCGUUGUCUCACGAGUCAAUAUACCGAGCUGGGGGUCAUGGACUUAUUGGACAUCACCUAUGAUGUAUGGGCAAAAUGCAAUUGCUGUAAAUGAAUUCCUUGGCAAGAGUUGGAGCCAAUUAAUUUCUCCAAAUUCAUCGGACAGUGUUGGUGUUACGGUUCUCAAACUUCGUGGGCUUUUUCCCGAAAGCUAUUGGUAUUGGAUCGGAGUUGGAGCUUCGAUUGGAUACGCUAUUCUUUUCAAUGUUCUUUGCACUUUGGCUCUAACUUAUCUUCAAACUUAUGGAAAGCAUACAAAUUUAUCGGAAGAAGCAUUUUCCGAGAGAAACGCGAGCAUACAAGGAGGCCAACUAAUUGAGUUGUCAUCGGGAACAUCGAUAGAUGGAAACAAACGCGUAUUUAAUGGGACGAGGAAACAUGGAAUGAUUCUCCCUUUUAAACAAGUUCACAUGACAUUUGAAAAUAUAAGUUAUGAUGUAGAUAUGCCCAAGCAAAUGAAAGGCCAAGGAAUAUUCGGAGAGCGACUCGAGAUUUUGAGAGGCGUAAGUGGUGUAUUUAAGCCGGGAGUUCUUGUGGCUGUGAUGGGAGUAACAGGAGCUGGAAAAACUACCCUUAUGGAUGUCUUGGCGGGGAGGAAAACGGGAGGUUAUAUCAAGGGAAAAAUUACAAUAUCGGGGUACCCGAAAAAACAAGAAACAUUUGCUCGUAUUGCAGGAUAUUGCGAGCAAACCGAUAUUCAUUCGCCUCAAUUGACCGUUUUCGAGUCCUUGCAAUACUCUUCAUGGCUACGGUUACCUCCCAACGUUAAUUCCGCAACAAAAGAGAUGUUUGUAGAUGAGAUCAUGGAGCUUGUAGAGCUAAACCAACUAAGGAACGCGCUUGUGGGGCUAUCGGGUGUAAAUGGUCUUUCAAUCGAGCAACGAAAGAGGCUAACCAUCGCGGUUGAGCUUGUGGCUAAUCCAUCGAUAAUAUUCAUGGAUGAGCCUACAACCGGACUUGAUGCUAGAGCGGCCGCAAUUGUGAUGAGAACCGUGAGGAACACUGUGGAUACGGGACGAACCGUGGUUUGCACCAUCCAUCAACCUAGCGUCGACAUUUUUGAUACUUUUGACGAGUUGAUUCUAUUGAAACAAGGCGGUGAAGAGAUAUAUUCCGGACCAUUAGGUCGUCAUUGCUCCCAUUUGAUCAACUACUUCGAGGGAAUCCCCGGGGUUAGUAAAAUCAAAGAAGGUUACAAUCCCGCGACAUGGAUGCUAGAAGUGACGUCAAUCGCUCAAGAAGACGCUCUUGGAAUUGAUUUCACAAAUAUGUACAAGAAUUCGGAACUAUACAAGCAAAACAAAGCGGUGAUUGAAGAACUAAGUACGCCGGCUCAAGGCUCGAUAGACUUGCAUUUCGAUUCGAAAUAUUCGCAGCCAUUCUUCACUCAAUGCAUAGCUUGCUUAUGGAAACAACAUUUGUCGUAUUGGCGAAACCCGACAUAUACUGCUCUACGAUUAUACAUAACCGCCGCAAUUGCAUUGAUUUUGGGAGCAUUGUGUUGGAACAUGGGAUCGAAACCGGACAAGGUGCAAGAUCUUCUUAAUUCGGUUGGUUCCAUGUAUGUAACGGUUGCUUUUCUAGGCGCGAGUAAUGCCACGUUAGUGCAACCUAUCGUCGACACCGAAAGAACCGUCUUUUAUAGGGAAAGAGCGGCUGGAAUGUAUUCGGCUUUUCCUUACGCAUUUGGACAAGUCGCGAUCGAAAUCCCUCACGUUCUACUACAAAUUAUUGUAUACGUUUCGAUAGUUUACCCUAUGAUGGGCUUCGAAUGGACGGUUUCAAAGUUCUUUUGGUACACAUUUUUCACUUAUUUUAGCUUAUUGUACUUCACAUUUUACGGGAUGAUGGCAGUCGCGAUAACUCCCAACCAUAGCAUAGCCGGUAUCGUUUCAUCCGCGUUUUACCUCCUUUGGAAUCUAUUCUCGGGUUUCAUCGUUCCAAUCUCCAGGAUUCCGGUAUGGUGGAAGUGGUAUUACUACGUAUGCCCGGUCGCGUGGACUAUUUACGGGCUCGUAGUAUCGCAAUACGGAGACAAAGACGAUAUUCUCGACAAUGGUUCGAGUGUGAAAGAAUUCUUGGAGUCUUAUUUCGGGUUUAAAGAAGAUUAUAUUGGAAAUGUUGCUGGAAUAGUAUUUGGAUUUAGUGUUAUGUUUGGAGUUAUUUUUGCUUUCUCUAUUAAAGCAUUUAAUUUUCAGAAAAGAUAAGGAACAAAAAUUAAAAUAAAAAAGGAUCAAUGAUAUCCUUGUCUUUUAUUAUUGCAAGUUGUAAAUAAUUUUGUUUAUCCAUUAUUAUUCUCUUUUUUUAAUUGGA